UUUCUGAUCACGACGUCUGUACAGGGAGGAACAGCAGAAUAAUCUAGCCAGCAGAAUCAAGGAUCUCUUCUCCCUUUGUCUCAGCUUUAAGAUCUUUCCUUCUUUCAUUGUUACCAGUAACAUCUCUCUUUUCCCUCUUUCUUUCUAUCUGACCCAACCAUUUUUUUUCUACCUCUGUUUUUCUUUUUGAAUCUCAUUCCAUACUUUGCGCGUCUUUUCCUUUUAGAGGGAGCUCCACAUCCAACCAGAAGUUCACUCCUUCAGGUUGUCUCGCUCUUUCUCUCCUUGCCUUCUUCACCACACACACACCAACAUCCUCCACUCCUCAUCCUCCUUCUCCGCCUCUCUUUUCUUGACUCCACACCCUGCCUGCGAGUGUGCUGGAGAGAGUUGUCACUUGCGCACGGCAAAGGCAGCAAGUGGGAGUGGACCUCGGCGAGCGUACUUGCAAGUGUGUGUUUGUGAAUGUGGAGAGGAGGAGGUGGAGGAGGAGGAAGGAGAGAGCAUCAGCACACAGUCUCUCCUCUCUUCACACACGCUCCCACUCUGAAUGGAACAAUCCUUGCUUGGCUGCUUCCAAAUGGACAUUUCUGUGGCAACGUUUCACCAGUGAAGACAGCAGCUGCUGCCGCUCCACAAGCUCCUCCAUGCUGGAUUUAAAAAAAAAGUGAGGAGAGGAGAGGAACAGGGGGAGAUCUCUGAACAUGAGUGAGGAAGCUAAGGAGAAGGCAGGCGGUGGGAAAGCAGCCCAUCGCAAGAAGAAAGGCAAAAAGUCUGACAGUAAUGCCAGUUACCUUCGAGCUGCUCGGGCAGGGAACCUUGAGAAGGUCCUUGACUACCUCAAGUCUGGGGUGGAAAUAAACAUUUGCAAUCAGAAUGGUCUGAACGCUCUUCACCUAGCCUCCAAGGAGGGGCACGUAGAGGUUGUCGCCGAGCUGCUGAAGCUUGGAGCCGCUGUGGACGCAGCCACAAAGAAAGGAAACACUGCUCUGCACAUAGCCUCGCUGGCUGGCCAAACGGAAGUCGUCAAAGAGCUGGUCACUAAUGGAGCCAAUGUCAACGCACAGUCUCAGAAUGGCUUCACUCCUCUGUACAUGGCAGCUCAGGAGAAUCACCUGGAGGUGGUUCGGUACCUUCUGGAGAACAGCGCCAGCCAGAGUAUGGCCACUGAGGACGGCUUCACCCCUCUCGCCGUCGCUCUCCAGCAGGGCCAUGACCAGGUGGUCUCCCUGCUCCUGGAGAACGAUACAAAGGGCAAGGUGCGCCUGCCUGCCCUGCACAUCGCCGCCCGCAAGGAUGACACCAAGGCCGCGGCCCUGCUCCUGCAGAACGACCACAACGCGGACGUUGAGUCGAAGAGCGGUUUCACCCCCCUGCACAUCGCGGCUCACUAUGGCAACAUCAAUGUGGCCACGUUAUUGCUGAACCGAGGAGCUGCAGUGGACUUCAUGGCUCGGAAUGACAUCACACCACUUCAUGUGGCAUCGAAAAGGGGCAACAGCAACAUGGUCAAGCUGCUUCUGGACAGAGGGUCCAAAAUUGAUGCAAAGACCAAGGAUGGCCUGACACCUCUUCACUGUGGGGCGAGGAGCGGACACGAGCAGGUGGUAGAAAUUCUACUCGACCGAGGAGCACCUAUCCUAUCCAAGACCAAGAACGGUCUGUCACCGCUCCACAUGGCCACUCAGGGCGACCACCUGAACUGUGUCCAGCUGCUACUCCAGCAUGACGUCCCGGUGGACGACGUCACCAACGACUACCUUACGGCACUGCACGUCGCUGCCCACUGCGGUCACUACAAGGUGGCAAAGCUCAUCGUGGACAAGAAGGCCAACCCAAAUGCCAAGGCCUUGAAUGGUUUCACUCCACUUCACAUCGCCUGCAAGAAGAACCGAGUCAAAGUGAUGGAGUUGUUGCUCAAACAUGGAGCAUCUAUCCAGGCUGUUACUGAGUCUGGUCUCACACCCAUCCAUGUGGCUGCCUUCAUGGGCCAUGAGAACAUUGUUCAUGCACUGACGCACCACGGAGCAUCACCCAACACCACAAACGUGCGAGGAGAGACAGCUCUCCACAUGGCAGCCAGGGCAGGGCAAGCAGACGUCGUCCAGUACCUGCUUAAGAACGGAGCAAAGGUGGAAACCAAGUCCAAGGAUGAUCAGACAGCGUUGCACAUCUCAAGUCGACUGGGGAAAGUCGAGAUCGUCCAGCAGCUGCUGCAGUGCGGCGCCUCUGCCAACGCUGCCACCACCUCAGGCUACACCCCACUUCACCUGGCUGCCCGCGAAGGACACCACGAUGUUGCUGCCAUGCUGCUCGAUAACGGAGCCUCACUCGCUGCCUCAACUAAGAAAGGGUUCAGUCCACUGCAUGUGGCAGCAAAGUACGGCAAGAUGGAGGUGGCCAGUCUGCUCCUGCAGAAGAGAGCUGCUCCUGAUGCUGCUGGAAAGAGUGGACUAACACCACUGCACGUAGCCGCUCACUACGAUAAUCAGAGAGUGGCACUGCUGCUGUUGGAUCAGGGAGCUUCACCGCACGCUGCUGCUAAGAAUGGUUACACUCCGCUCCACAUCGCUGCCAAAAAGAACCAAAUGGACAUCGGGACCACGUUGCUGGAGUACGGAGCGGACACCAACGCAGUGACGCGGCAGGGCAUCAGCCCCAUUCACCUGGCAGCGCAGGAGGGCAGCGUGGACCUGGUGUCACUGCUGCUGACCAAGAAUGCCAACGUCAAUGUGUGCAAUAAGAGCGGACUAACACCACUUCACUUAGCAGCUCAGGAGGACAAGGUCAAUGUCGCCGAAGUCCUUCUCAACCACGGGGCCGAUGUCAACCUACAAACAAAGAUGGGUUACACUCCACUGCACGUGGCCUGUCACUAUGGCAACACUAAGAUGGCCCACUUCCUGCUGCAGAACCAAGCCAGAAUCAAUGCCAAAACCAAGAACGGGUACAGUCCUCUUCACCAGGCUGCUCAGCAAGGCCACACCCACAUCAUCAACCUGCUGCUUCAGCACGGGGCCUCGGCCAACGAUCUCACCGUGAACGGGAACACUGCCCUUUCCAUCGCCCACCGUCUCGGCUACAUCUCCGUGGUGGACACACUGAGGCCCAUGACAGAUGAAAACCUGACGACCAUGAGUGCAUCAGAAAAACACAAAAUGAACGUUCCGGAGACCAUGAACGAGUUCCUCGACGUGUCCGACGACGAAGUCCGGGCCAAUGUGCCGGAAAUUCUCAGUGAGGAGUCUUAUUCAGAUGUUGAUGAAGGUGAGGAUGCGAUGACCGGCGACACGGACAAAUACCUGCGGCCCCAGGACCUCAAGGAGCUGGGCGACGACUCCCUCCCUCAGGAGGGUUACAUGGGUUUCAGCAUAGGAGCUCGCUCAGCCAGCCCUAGACUCAGCCUCCGCUCCUUCAGUUCGGAUAGGUCCAACACACUCAACCGGAGCUCAUUUGCACGAGACAGCAUGAUGAUUGAAGAGAUUCUGGCCCCCACAAAGGACACGCUUCAGAGUGUCUGUAAAGACAUUUCCUACUUGGUUGACCCACUCAAUAAGCAUCUGGCAGUGACGAGAGACAUCAGCACAGAGUGCAUGCGGCGUUACAGCUGGACUCCAGACACUAUGGACCACAGCCACAACACCGUGUCCAGCCCCAUUCACUCUGGCUUGUCCUCCCCACUCCCACAGUAUGACUCCAGGUUCUUGGUCAGCUUCAUGGUGGAUGCCCGCGGGGGCUCCAUGAGAGGAAGCCGCCACAAUGGCAUGCGCAUCAUCAUCCCUCCCAGGAAGUGCACAGCGCCUACACGCAUCACCUGCCGCUUAGCCAAAAGGCACAAGCUGGCCUACCCUCCGCCCAUGGUGGAGGGAGAGGGGCUGGUCAGCCGGCUGGUGGAGGUCGGACCGGCUGGGGCUCAGUUUCUCGGUCCGGUGAUUGUAGAAAUCCCUCAUUUUGGUUCCAUGCGGGGAAAAGAGAGGGAGCUGAUUGUGUUGAGAAGUGACAAUGGCGACACGUGGAAGGAGCACCAGUCCGACGCCAGAACAGAAGACCUUGUUGACCUGCUGACUGGAAUGGAUGAAGAGCUGGACAGCCCCAUUGAGUUGGAGAAGAAGCGCAUUUGCCGCAUUGUCACCAGAGACUUCCCUCAGUAUUUUGCCGUGGUUUCACGGAUAAAGCAGGAGUCAAACCACAUGGGUCCUGACGGAGGCGUUCUGACCAGCAGCACUGUGCCCAUGGUGCAGGCAUCAUUCCCACAGGGGGCGCUCACCAAGAAGAUCCGUGUUGGCCUGCAGGCCCAGCCUGUACCAGAUGACAUGGCGAGGGCUAUUCUUGGAAACAGAGCCACCUUCAGUCCCAUCGUCACCGUGGAGCCCAGGAGAAGAAAGUUCCACAAGCCGAUCACAAUGACGAUCCCCGUCCCUCCCAGGUCGGCAGAAGGUCACCCCAGCGGCCGCAGAGGGGACGCUGCGCCCUGCCUACGUCUGCUGUGCAGCAUCACAGGAGGGACGUCCCCUGCCCAGUGGGAGGACAUCACAGGGACCACACCACUGUCCUUUGUCACUGAUUGUGUCUCCUUCACCACAAAUGUGUCGGCCAGGUUCUGGCUCGCAGACUGUCACCAGAUUCCUGAGACGGUAAGUCUAGCGUCUCAGUUAUACCGGGAGCUGAUCUGCGUGCCGUAUCUGGCCAAGUUUGUGGUGUUCGCCAAGAUGAACGACAUUAUUGAGGCUAGGCUGCGUUGCUUCUGCAUGACGGACGAUAAAGUGGACAAGACCCUGGAGCAGCAGGAGAACUUUGAAGAAGUGGCCCGGAGCAAAGACAUCGAGGUUCUUGAAGGCAAGCCUAUCCACGUGGAUUGCUACGGCAACCUCUCGCCUCUGGUCAAGAGCGGCCAGCAGUUGGUUUUUAACUUCUACUCCUUCAAGGAAAACAGACUUCCAUUCAAUGUGAAGAUUAGAGAUAUGGGCCAGGAGCCAUGCGGACGCCUCUCCUUCUUGAGAGAGCCAAAAUCCUCUAAAGGCCUUCCGCAGACUGCCAUAUGCAAUUUGAAUAUCACACUGCCAACCCACCGGAAGGAUAUGGAGUCUGAUCCUGAUGAUGAGACUGAAAAGCCAGAACGACGUCAUACCUUUGCCUCCUUAGCUUUGCGUAAGCGCUACAGCUAUUUGACCGACCCAGCAGCGAAAACAACUGAUCGAAGCUCGACGAGAACACAGCCUUCUAGCUACCCUCACAAACCUGUCUUUUCAACGAGAUCUUAUCAGGCGUGGUCACCUGUUCCUGUCCCCGUCCCUGGCCAAGCCAAAUCUGGGUUUGGCUCCCUCUCCAGUUCAUCAUCCAACACACCCUCUGCCUCUCCAUUAAAGUCUGUGUGGUCCAUCAACUCUGCCUCCCCCAUCAAGACCAAUAUCCCUGGUUCACCUGCCUCGUCUGUUAAGUCAGUUAGUGACAUGGCGUCCCCCAUACGAUCUUACAGAACCAUCUCCUCUCCUAUAAAAACUGUGGUCCAACAAUCCCAAUACCCAAGCCAGAUUUCCCAGAGUCCCCUGGCCUCACCAGGGAAAAGUUCCCCAGAUCCUCUGUCUAUGAAAGGGCUGGCAACAUUGUCUGCUAGGACCUCCCCUAUAACUGUCUCUGGAGGAAGUGCUCUUCUUGAGAGAACAUCCAUAGGCAUGACCCCACCAACCUCCCCCAAAUCUUCACUGAGCAUGUUUAGUUCACCCCUACCAUACAAGACUGUUAUGGGGGGCUCCGGUGGCACAUCAGCAUCGUCCUCACCAAUAAAAACAGUCCCCGGUCUCUCAUCUAUGCGUUCCUUUGCUUCCGAUGUCACUGGCCCUGCAAGGAACCUGUUCUCAUCUCUUUCAUCACCACUCAAAUCCAACAACUCUCCUCCAAGUGCUGCAUCUCUAAUCAAUGGAACUGCGUCAUCUACACAUUACCGCUCUUCAUCCCCAACACAUCUCCAUAGUAGCCUGCAAGAGAGAAUACAGGCAACCACCAAUGCUGCAACUACAAAUGUCAAUGCAGCCUUUGAUGAGGUUGAGAAAACACUAAAUUCUUGUUCUGCAGGCUACGGCACUUUGAAGUCCAUGUCCUCUUCUGCUUCCUCCUCUUUUCAGUCGAUGAGGUCUUCAGCUUCUAAUUCCCUUUAUGCCACACUAAGAUCCCCUCCUAAUGUCACCACAGCUGUUACAUCCAGUACAGUGACUGUUCCAGUGUAUUCUGUCAUUAAUGUGAUGCCAGAGCCUCAGUUUAAAAAGUUACCUGAGGUGUCCAAGUCAGCUGCUGCCCUCCUGUCCCCACGGAAGACCAUGCCCACUGAGGUGAAUGCUCAGUUGCAGUCAUCCUUUGCCAGAACUCUCUCCCCUAUCAAAGCCUCUCUUUUUUCUGCUGGCUUGAAAUCAAACACCACAUCACCACUGUCAUCCAGCCAGGAGAUUUUGAAGGAUGUAGCUGAAAUGAAAGAAGACUUGAUACGGAUGUCAGCCAUUUUGCAGACAGACCCAAACUCCACAGCCAACAAAGGAUUUCAAUCUGAUUCUCCCAAGGAGGUUAAGAUGGUUGAGGAUGAGGAGCCGUAUAGGAUUGUGGAAAAAGUAAAACAAGAUUUAGUAAAAGUCAGUGAAAUCCUUACCAAAGAUGCUGCGAAAGAUGGUAGGGUCUCCCUCUCAAGGGGCUCUUUGGAUGACAUUCAUUUUUCAAAAGUACAGGUUGAACAACCACCAAGCAACUGGAGCUAUCCACCAAGAUAUGAGACUGUGGUUCCUCAGGCCAAAUCAAAAACAAUACCAGAUAGGGAUUUCAAUCUGUCCAAAGUGGUAGACUACCUAGCUAAUGAUGUUGGUAAUAGUUCUUUCUCCAAAAUGCAUGACACAAAGCAUAAAGCAGAUGAAGGCAAGAGAGAAGGAGAGGGCAAGGAGAAGCAGAAACGUGUCCUAAAACCCACCAUAGCAGUUCAGGAGCAUAAGCUCAAAAUGCCUCCAACUAACAUGCGCUCUUCCCCUUCAGACAAAGAAAUCAGUAAAGUAGCAGAUGCCCUUUUUGGAGCAGACACUGUGCUAGAAUCCCCUGAUGAUAUCUCACAUGAGCAGGAUAAAAGCCCCCUCUCAGACAGUGGUUUUGAGACCAGGAGUGAAAGGACACCCUCUGCCCCUCAAAGUGCAGAAGGCAUGGGCCCCAAGGCCCUUUUUCAGGAUAUCCCAGUUCCGCCAGUUAUCACAGAGACUAGAACUGAGGUUGUUCAUGUCAUCAGAAGCUAUGAGUCCCCAGAGGACAACAAACAAUCUCUAAUGGAGGAAAUACAUCCUAUCAGAUAUACUGAUUCAGAUUCUAAAGGGCAUCUAAAUCAAGCCACACCAACUCCAGAACAGAAUAAAUGCUAUUCAGUAAAGGUCAUCCCUGAUGAGGAUCCAAUGGGAAAAGGGAUGAGGGUAAAGGAGGAGACUCACAUCACUACCACCACCAGGAUGGUGUACCACAAACCUGGCAAAGACACACCCUCUGAGAGAUGCGAGGAAACUAUGUCUGUACAUGACAUAAUGAAGGCUUUUCAGGCAGGCAAAGACCCUUCAAGAGAACUGGCUGGACUGUUUGAACACAAAACUGGCAAUGAAGAGACGUCACAGAGAAUCCUUGAGGACGUCAACUCCAAACCUAAAGUUGAAAGAAUUAUUGAGGUUCACAUUGAAAAGGGAAACAAAACAGAACCAACAGAGGUAAUCAUCAGAGAGACAAAAAAUCACGCAGAAAAGGAAAUGUAUUACUACCCUGGAAACAGACAAGAAGAAGACGAGCCUGAAGAAUCACUUCCGGUGUACACACCAAUGGCACAGGAGGAAGACAGUCGCCCUAGUUCAGCCCAGCUUAUGGCAGAUGACUCUUACAAAACACUAAAGCUACUUAGCCAGCAAUCUGUAGAGUACAAAGAGGAUGAAUCAUCAGAACUUAGGGGAGAAUCUUAUAAUUAUGCAGAAAAAAUGCUACUCUCUGAGAAAUUUGACCAGUCUCAUUCUGACUCUGAGGAAUAUCUGAGAGAUAGGUCUCACUUCCACUCACCAGACAGAAACAGUCACAGUGAGGGUAGACCACUUGGGCAAAGGACAGAGUAUAUCUUCAGGUCUCCAAGAAAUGUCUUUGACAAAUCUGGACGAAUGACUAAUGUUGAAGAUAACUUUGACAAACUGACACUUUUGCAGUAUUCUUCUGAGCCUGGUAGCCCAAAGCAGUCUGUUUGGAUGCGUGUGCCAGAUGAAACACAGUGUGAGGACAGAAAACAGAUUAUGUAUGAGGACAGAGUGGACAGGACUGUAAAAGAGGCACAGGAAAAACUCAGUGAGGUAUCUCAGUUUUUUCGUGAUAGAACAGAACAGCUCAAUGAUGAGCUCUCUUCGCCAGAGAAGAAAUCUCGCAGACCUGAUUUCAGAGAAUCUCGAUCAGGGCCAAGCUCUACACACAGCAGUCCAGAGAGGUCAGCUUAUAGAAAUGGGGGUAGUGGUGAAGAGUGGAGCAGAGAACGGCUCAGAGAUAGGUUCGGCACCAGUGACAGGAAAUGUGCCAGCUUACCCAGCAGUCCAGAGAGGAGAGUAUUGCUGCAGUUUAGUGAUUCUGACUCAAAAAAACAAGGAGAUGGCAAAACACAAGGAAUAUCAAGUGAAAGCUCUAAACAGUUCCAAAUAUCCUCUUCAAAAGUGAAUGCAGUAAGGCUUAAGUUUGAACAAGAAGCUCAAAGGCAGGAUAGAACUCCUCAAGGUGUCCAAAAUUCAAAUCCACCUAUCAGGAAACUUCAUGAAAGUAAGCUACCAGUAUAUCAGGUGUUUGCUGGUUCAAAUAUUCCUAAAACACCAGAAAGUCCAGUAAACCAGAGGAGAUGUUUAGAUAGUGAGACAAAUAAGUGCACCCCACAAUCGCCCAAACUAUCGCAUUCUUUAAUUCAUGAGUCAAUGAAAGAUGGCAAUAAUAGUGAUUCCCAAAGACAAGAAACGACCAAGAAAAUAAUCUACACAGAAUUUGUUGUUCGAGAAAGUCCAAAUUCCAAUGAUAGUCUAAAAAAAAACUCGGAAUCGCAAAAUCCUCUUAGAAAGCCAUCUAAUUUCUCAGAAAAUCAAAAAUCCACCUCUUCAAAAUUAGAAGACUCUGCUGAACCACAUGACAGGACAGGGUGUCAUAUUCCGACUUUAGCUAGAAAUCGGGUACACAGUAGCUCUGAAUCUAAUAAGUCCACUCGUGGAUCAUCAGUAGGGAAAUCCAUUGACUCAUCAGAUGGUAGCCAAUCAAGCAUAGUGUGUAAUGGUGUUGAUGGCAGCCCAGUAGAGUAUUUGGAUCCAGUUACCCCUGCAGUUGUAUCAGAGGCUAUCAAAGAUAUUAAACCCUUACCUGUGUAUGUUAGCAUCCAAGUAGGGAAGCAGUAUGAGAAAGAAACGGCCUUAGGGCAGUUGGGGACAUACAAAAAGAUAGUAAGCCAUGAGAGUAGGACAGUACAUGAGACUCGGGGUGCAUUUUACGCUGUUAAACAAAAACAGUCUCCAUCUCCUCAAGGAAGUCCAGAAGAUGACACUUUAGAACAAGUGACUUUCUUGGACAGCUCUGGGAAAAGUCCUGUUACCCCAGAGACCCCCAGCUCAGAGGAUGUAAGCCUGACCUCAAGAGCACCAGACACUUUGAUAGGCCAAAUGACUGGUAUGCCAAGCCCUAUUCCAGAGGAAUCUGAGGAGGAGGAAGGAAAGACCUUCACUUACAAGGAGCCCCCAAAGGAAAAAUCGAAGCCAGCUUCUUCAGACAAUCACAGCAAAAAACAAGAUGUAGAGAGACAAAAGUCAAAGGAAAAGAGAGUGGCUUAUAUAGAGUUCCCUCCACCUCCUCCUUUAGAGGCAGAGCAGUCUAACCCUGAGAAAAGGGGGAAACGUGUUUCCUCUGAGGCAGACACAGAAAUGAUGGAGGUGAAUCUCCAAGAGGAGCAUGAUAGGCACCUUUUAGCUGAGCCAAUCAUCAGGGUCCAACCACCAUCCCCCAUUCCCCCUGGUGCUGAUAACAGUGAUUCUAGUGAUGAUGAGUCUGUCUUCCAUCCUGCCCCUGUCAAAAAGUACACUUUCAAAAUGAAAGAGGAGGGAGAUAAGCACCCAAAACAAAAAGGACCAGAGAAAAAUGGAAAUAAUAAUGAGUCUGGGGUUAAUGGUGUAGUAAAGGAAGAAGAUGUUGACUUCGAACAAAAUGGCAAUGACCAGUCAAUCACUGACUGCUCUAUAGCAACCACUGCUGAGUUCUCCCAUGACACUGAUGCAACUGAAAUAGACUCUUUAGAUGGGUAUGACCUUCAGGAUGAGGAUGAUGGACUGAGUGAAGACCCUAAAACAUCAAGCCUGUCUCAUGAUGGUAAAACAACUGACCGUCCAUUUAGUCAGUCUAAGCUUGAAGUGAUAGAGGAAGAGAAAUGUGAAGAAGCAGGGGACAAAGGCAGUGGAGAAGAAAAAGAUUAUACCCUUGAAGGAAGACAUCCAGAGAGGCAGGGCUUUGGGGACAACUACUUUGCCUACCAACUUGAAGAGGAGCUGAAUUCAACCUUUAAGACUGUUGCCACCAAAGGCUUGGACUUUGACCCCUGGUCCACCAAAGGGAGUGAUAACGAGGGACUUUAUGAGUCUAAAGCAAAAGAGGAUGACCCCAAACCCUUUGGCUUAUCAGUGGAGGACAAGUCACAGGCUACAACACCUGACACAACUCCUGCUCGUACACCGACUGAUGAGAGCACACCGACUAGCGAGCCUAACCCAUUUCCUUUCCACGAAGGAAAGAUGUUUGAGAUGACCCGCAGUGGUGCUAUUGACAUGAGCAAGCGGGACUUUGUUGAAGAGAGGCUUCAGUUUUUCCAGAUUGGUGAGCAUUCCUCUGACCCUAAAACAGGGGAAAAGGGGAGAGGGGGCAAGAGCCUGGGGGUAAUUUCCUCUCAGUCACAAACAGGGGAGAGGGCCACAGUAGAUGGAAAGGUGAAGGUUAUAGAUACUACCACAGACAGCAGCACUACACCAACAACAUCAGCAGCAACAGCAGCAAAAGGCAGCCCUGCACAGCCUGGCAGUGACACUGGCUAUACCGGUACUGAUGGCCCCACCUGUGAAGCCAUAUCUGAGUCCGCCUCCUCUUGCACAAUCACAGCCUCUAAGGUUGAUCCCAAAUUACGUACUCCUAUUAAGAUGGGCAUAGCUGCCUCGAUAACUGUGAAAAAAGACUCGGGGGAUCUCACAGAUUGUAAAGCUGAGAUGUCAGAAGGACAGAUGGUGCCAGAAUACAUCAGUAUUGAGGGUCAGCGUACAGACACUCAGUCUAGCAGACAAACUGAACCCAAGUUAGAGAGAAAAGAUUACCCUUCAGAAAACUGCAACAACAACAAUAACCUUGAGUCAUCCAGUGUUCAGGCCAACUACAUUCAGUGUGGUAGUGUGGUGUUUAACUUGCAGUCCUCCUCUGAGCCCACUCUUCAGAAAGCUAGCAGGAUAGAAACACUCUGCUGUAGAGAUGUAGAAGAAAGUGUGGAUGCACACAAAAACGUGCAGGACCAGAAAAGUGAAGCAGUCAUAGAAAGUGAGGUGAAGCAGCAGCCCAAGUCAAGGCUCCCAGUUAAAGCAGCAGGGUGGUCAUUUCACACACAGGGAAAAGCCAUAGGCAAACAGAAGCCCAAGCAAGUAGUCAAAGUCGAAGUCAGGAAAAGAGGAGAGCCAGCCAUAGCCAAGGUAGAGCCCAGGUCUAGAAUACCAAUCAAGGGUGUUAAAAAGAGCAGCCCUGCUGCUGCCGCUAGCUCAGUCGUUUCAGCUCGAGCUACCUCGCAGCCAACAAGAGCACUGAACUCAGAGAGAGCAGCCAUACGUUUGCCCUCAAGGCUACCACUGAGGGACAGGCAUCAGGUCAGCAAUGUCACAAGCGAGGGAUCAUGUAGACAGGACAGACAGGAAAACCCCAAUGAAAUUUGUAAGCGCACCAUUGAAUACUUUAAAGACAUUAGCGGGGAGACGCUAAAGUUGGUGGACCGCCUGUCAGACGAGGAGAAAAAGACGCAGACAGAGCAGUCGGAGGAAGACAGCACCUCCCGGAGCACCUCUCUGUCGGACGCCUCCCAGCCUUCCCAGCCCUCCCAGCCCUCCCGCUCAUCCAGGUCUGGUAGAGGUUCGAGGGCUGAGGCCGGGGCCGCGUCCGUAAGGGCAAAGGUGGCGACGACGGACAGGGCCUCCGGCAGUGAGAGGAGCAGGAGGAGUAGGCGGACUGGUGGGAAGGAGGGCAGUCAGGGACUCACAGGGUCUCGAACGCCUCCCAUCGCGGAGAUCAAGCCUAGUCCCCAAAGUCCUUGUGAGAGAACGGACUUGCGUAUGGCUAUUGUUGCAGAUCACCUGGGACUCAGUUGGACAGAGUUGGCUCGGGAGAUGAACUUCACAGUGGAUGAGAUCAACCACGUCAGACUAGAGAACCCCAACUCUCUGACAGCACAGAGCUUCAUGCUACUCAAGAAAUGGGUCAGUCGGGAAGGGAAAGAUGCCACAACGGAUGCCUUAACUACAGUGCUGACCAAAAUCAAUCGGAUGGAUAUUGUGACUUUACUGGAGGGCCCAAUAUUCGACUAUGGUAACAUUUCAGGCACAAGAUGUUUUGCCGAUGAUAACGCUGUUUUCCGGGAUCAGGCUGAUGAUUAUCAGAGCAUUCUAGCAGAGCUGCAGUCUCCCGCUGCACUGCGCUCUGACUCCCACUUCCUGGAACCCGAACUCCCAGUCACUCCAAACCCUUCCCUUUCUCAUCACCAGCCAGAGCCAGAAACCCCUUUGCCAGCCCAUUCCCACUCUCAAGCUUUACCCUGGAGCCCCGAGAUAGAACCCAGUAGGAGAGAGCCAAGCAGUCCCCCCAGGAGCCCCCCCAGACCCUCUGAGCUCUCCCUAACCUUCACAGCCUUUGAGCUACCUGAUCCUCUUCCCUCCAAGGUCAGAAAGCCCCACAUUGCUCUGAACGACCAGCUGCUGCUGAGCGAGGAGGAGGACAGGUCUUGUCAUGAAAUGGAGCUGACCUUCAAGCCCAGGUCACCCUCCUUCCCUACGAUGUGCGAGUUAGAAGUUGACUUGGCUUACUCCACAUCCUCGCCUUCGCCGGUGUCAUCGUUAUCGUCAAUAACCCCUUCUUCACCUGAAAGGGCACAGAGAUCAGAUGCAGGAGCACAGACGGGUGGCACCAGAUGGAUGCUGGAGGAUGUCCGGUUGAAAGGAAGCGAAAGUGAAGUGACAGAAGAAAUAAAUACGGUUGUUGAGAUGUCUACAGCAGACAUAGUGGGGGGGAACGAAUUAGUCGGCAUGUUGAUAGAGCAGGAUUUGAUAAAAAAUGUAGAAAGAAAAUGUGAGAUGAUAACUCAAGAUAGGUGUAGGCUGGCAGAGGAAAAUAGCACUUUAGUGGAACAGAAGGAGGGAUCUGUGCAGGGAGAGCAGCAUGUGCUUGUUCAAGAUGGGAAUAAGGAGACAGCCUGUGAGGUAGAAGAGGUAGGUCAUUUGCAUAAUCUGAUGGAAUUUGGCCAUAGAGUGGAAAAAGGUUGUUCCUUAGUAGAAGCGGUGACCAUUGAAGAGGAUACUGAUGAAAAACCACAGGUGAAACGGGCGAAUGGGGACAGUGAGGAAGGAAAUAACGAGAACAGAGACGGAGAAGCUCAGUGUACAGAUCGAGGAGGGUUGUGUGGGAGUGACAUUGAUAUUUGCGGGACAUCAGAAGGGGACCAAGCAGCCGAGGACCAGGCUGUAGAUCGCCUCUCCCCUCAACCCUGGGUUGAGGCGCUUGGAGAAUCUCCUUCUACUGAAUCUGCAUCAAACGAGCAAGAGGAGGAGGGACACGGAGACGGACAAAUCACGGAAGGAGCUUUAGGAGCUCUGACGGAGGAGGCGAAGAGUGAAGAAGGCACAGAGGAAAAAGAGGAGGGCGAAGAGUUGGUGGAGGCCACAGUUGAGGAGAAAAAUAAUCAGGUUGAACAGGCAGAGAAAAAAGACAUGUGUUCACUUACAGGUUGGCACAGUGAUACGUCCAGCGUCAACGUGGAACCACCAACGCAGGGUCGCAGUGUAAGCUCAGACCGGCUGGACAGACGGGAAAGCCAAGAGAACUCCAGUGACUCCAUCACUUCCUCGUCUAGAGGUGAAUCAGGGAGAUCCCGGCAGAACGGCAGCAGCUCAAAGCACUCACCUCAGGGCGGCUCCUCUGAGUCAUCGAACGGCAGAAAGGAAGACGGAGCACUGGUGUCGGAGAAAAAAGUCAAGCAGGGGGUUAAUGUAGAUUCCGGUUCAGAGGAAGAGCAGACCGUAACCACCAGAAUCUUCAGGCGCCGUCUCAUUUUAAAGGGAGAAGAAGCAAAGAGCUUCCCCGGCGAGUCUAUUACAGAGGAACAUUAUAUGGACGAAGAUGGUAACCUCAUCAGUAGAAAAGUGAUUAGGAAGAUUAUUCGGAGGGUUUCUACUCCCACACCGGAAAGCCAAGGAGGUGACAGUUGGCACCAAGACCUCCGGUGCAGUCCCAUUCUGCAGGACGAUGUGUCCGAGCCAGGAGAUGUUCCAAGGAAUAGCAGGCGGAAGGAUGACAGAAGGUCGGGGGAUAAGAAGCUUCACUCAUAGGGAUGGUUGUGCUUUAUCAGGAACCGGGUGAGAUGUUUCCUGGGAAUAAUUGAUCAGAGGGCUGAAGAGUUGCCGUGUGAGGACUUCAGACCAGGGUCCAGUCUGCAACUGUCUGCUCCAAAACUAACGGUUUUUCACACGAGAGGAGUCGACCCUUGUGGCUUAACGCAUGAGCAUGAAAAACUCACUCACCCUGUCAAUCAAAAGACCCAGGAGGUUCUCACUGUCCGACUGAGGUGGACCUAUGGACCCACGAUUCUGCUUCCUGUUUUUUGUGUGAGACGAUAACACACCAUCGGUGCACAGGUGAAGUGAGGGCUCUGCGAGGAGCGAGGUCUCCGGCUCUGGCAACCGCGAGGUGCAACUGUGACCAAAGAUGGCACAAGAAGAGCUCAGUCCAGGACACAAUAACACACAGAAAGAAAAAUCUAACUGAACAAUUCUGAUUCAACUUCAACAACACUCGCCUUAUAGUUUUUUCUUGAACCCAUUGUUGUCGGGAUGUAAAUUGUUUUGGGAUUUUUUUCUCCUCCUUUUUAAAACUUAAACUAACACAAGAGCUUUUUCUCCCUGUAUAUAAUAUUACAAUGUGUAAAAUUCUUAAACAAAGGGUUUGUUUCCGGUCGAGGACACUGUGGGGAGAGAGAGACCUUCUCAAGUGCUUUCACAAUUUACCGAAAACAGUUCCACUUUUAAAGAUUUGAGUGUAACUUCACAGGUUCUUGUAUAAUUAAUUAUUAGAGCAGGUAUAAUGUUUGUACAUGAAAAGAAGAAGAAGAAGAAGAAGAAGCUGGUUUGAUUUUAACAGAGGGACUUUCCAGAAAUUAAAAAUUUCAGUAAUUCUCAAAAGUGGGAAUGGAUCUAAUCCUGCAAAAAAAGAAAACAACGCAGCCUUUCAGAGUUACUCCUAUUUUCAUGCAUGCUGUUCACAUUAUUUUAAGUACAAUUUUUACAAGUUUGCAAACACUGUAUUCAAAUGACAAAUGAAACCAUUUAUCUGUGUGCACAUAUAUCCAAAACAUUUGUCACCGAUUUUAUAUUUUAAAUUGAAAAACGACACCAUUAAAGCAUUUAUCAUGUCAGGGGAGGGGGUGAGGAAGAGAAAAAAAAAAAGUUCCAUAGCUUCUUGAGGGUGUGAUGUCUUGUCUAUGUAAAACCAGGGAGCAGCUUCUGCUACAAGAACGAAAUAAUCUGAAUGUAAAUGCUGGAAGGCUGGCUCGCUGUAAAACUAUAAUUGUAUUGUGCGUAUUGGCUAUAAGGUGUAGGAGUCUCUGUACACUGUUAGACUGUUUGUAAUCAUUUUAGCAGUGUGUCAAUUUGGUUCUUUUCUAAUGGCUGCUGUGGUGUUAAAAGGAAAACUGGGGGCAUUUAUUUUACAUUUUUCUUUUUUACUUUGGUGAAGUAUUUCCUUAAUUUAUACUUACACUACAGACACAUUAAGACAUGGUUUGACUGUAGCUCUAAAUAGCAUAUUGUACGACAAAUACACUGGAUGGUCAAAAGCAAUUAUUUAAGCAUUAAAUAAAUUGUGUUUAACUCUGAA